AUGGAACAGAUGUUGCAUCUUCAGGCUCUGUCGACACAUUACGACCUUGCCCACUCCACUACGAUUCCCGAUUCUGUCGUUCGAUCGUUUUGCGAGCGUCUUUGUGAAGCGAUUCCCGAAUCGGCAUCGUCACAAACGAACGGUCAUCAUCUGUCACCGGCAGCAAGUCGCACUGUUCGUGAUGACGGAGAACCACCUGAGAAGCGAUCGCGAUCCGACGCCACUGUUACUGAUAACUCGAAACCUGAUUUAGCACAAAUGGCUAUGCUGAGUAUGAUGGGUAAUUUUCCAUUUCUGCCACCAAAUCCACUCAGUGGAUUCGUUCCAGGGAUGGGAGAGUUUUUUAAUCCACUCGUUGCCCAACAGAAUUUAUUAAAAAUUAAGAUGCAACAACUCUCAUCAUCGCCUGCAAAACGUGCUCGAACGCGAAUCACCGAUGACCAACUGAAGAUAUUACGACAGUAUUUCGACAUCAAUAACAGUCCGUCUGAAGCUCAAGUAAAAGAAAUGUCAUUAAAAGCUGGUCUACCGGAAAAAGUGAUUAAGCACUGGUUUAGAAAUACGCUGUUUAAGGAACGUCAACGUGACAAAGAUUCGCCGUACAACUUCAGCGUACCACCGCAGAUGGGUAUUGACUUAGAUACUUACGAGAAGACCGGUGAGACCAAGGUAGUACCGCUCGCAGUUUCUGAGGUGAAACGAGAUCCAUCUCCGAAGCCAACCGAAGCUCCGCCAGUACCAUCAUUGAAUCUUCAAGCUAUGAUGCAACAAAUGCAUCAGGCGAAUCCCUUUCAGUUUAUGGAUCCAUCGGGAAUUAUUUCCAGUUCUAUAAGUCAACACUCUCAGUCGAGCACGUCAGGUCGUAGAGCGAAUCGGACUCGAUUCACUGACUACCAACUUAGGACUUUACAGCAGUUUUUUGAUAAACAGGCUUAUCCUAAAGACGAUGAUCUGGAGGUGCUGAGUAAAAAACUACAGCUAAGUCCGAGAGUAAUAGUGGUAUGGUUCCAGAACGCUCGGCAAAAGGCACGCAAGAUCUACGAGAACCAACCAAAUCACGAGAACGCCGAUCGAUUCGUACGAACUCCUGGUUGUAAUUUUCAAUGCAAACGAUGUAAUCUGGUCUUUCAACGAUACUAUGAGCUUAUUCAACAUCAGCAGAAAAAGUGCUACAAAGAUGAUUGUUUGGCCCAAGCAAAUGAUAAUAAGAUCGUCGAAGAAUCGUUGACGGACGAAGAGAAAGCACAACUGCUUCAGCAGACAGCGUUGGCAAGCAUUAACGACACUAAACCCGCCGACUUCACUAAACUUCUAGGUGCUAGCAAGUCAAGCACGGAAGCCAUACUGAAGCUGUGUGAGACAGCUAACAGUAGUUCACCAUCGUCGACGUUCUACAAACGAUGUCCGUUUUGUGGACUUCUGUUCCGUAGCAAGUCCUCGCUACAGGAACACAUUCCGGCCCGACAUCCCCAACAACAUUCGGCUACUCCGGUCGACAUCGAAUUGCUGCCAAAUGCCGAAGAUGUUCCAAUGCUUAUCCCUUCUGUCAACACUGAUAGUAAAGAAAGUGUAGCCGGUGUACUUGAUUUGAGCAAUACAUCGCAAGAGCGUGAUACGUUGUCAAUGUCACCUUUUCUCGGUCAUUCGGAUGACGAUCCGACGGAAUUCGUUGAGGAGAGCACCACUUCAUAUGUGGGCGGUUCUUCACAAUCUCGAUCACCGACCAGUAAUAAACGCUACCGUACCCAUCUCACUCCGACACAAGUUCAUGUGAUGAAAAGCGUUUUUGGUGAUUACAAGACACCGUCAAUGACCGAGUGUGAGGCAUUAGGACGAGAAAUUGGGCUACACAAGCGUGUCGUGCAAGUAUGGUUCCAGAAUGCUAGGGCAAAAGAACGAAAGACGAGGUCUAGCAACAGUUCUGGUGAUGAGGAGGUGAAUCGUUCAACGAUAACAUCCUGCUCGCUGUGUGGAGUGGAGUACAGUGGUCGUGUGACGUUGCAGGAACAUUUGUUUUCGCUACAACACCUUACCUGCCUCAAAGGCCAGUUGCUGUCCGAAACGGCUCACUCUGAUUCGGCGCCGUCUACCGCGACUGCGAUCCCCACCGAAAACGGCGAGAGACGUGCAUCUACUAGGUGA